AACGGAAAGUCAGUGCUAGUUUGGCAUGUUGAUCUGGUGGGUCGUGAUUUCUAUGCUGCUCCCGACGGCGCCGGUCGUUUGAACUCUUUUGUGCUCAUUGGUGGAGACGCACGGUCCCCGGUUGGAUUGAAUCUGGAGGCGGCUUCUCCAAAGGAGUAAACUCGCGUGUGCGCGCGUGUGGGAUUAAUUGAUGCGUAAUCUGUGAACGGCUGUACGAGUUGUCUCAAAAGAUCAGGGGCAAUUAUCAGCAGCGGCUUGUAUAACUGCUAUCUUGACUGCCGCCGUUUUCGGAGAGAUGAAAUGUGAAAUUGUUCUGAUGUGAUUCAUUUGAACAAUUCAAUAGUGAAGUGAUCGUAAUUGGCUGCUUGAAGUCAGAAAAAAUCCCCUCAUGAAAGGGUUAAUUUUAUACUCAAUUGAGAACCGAAAAUCAGCGUUUGGUAUAUGUGUGUGCAUGCAUAUGUGAUGCAACCGAACCGAGAAUAAUAAAAGAACGUCAUUUGUGGAGCCGAUAGGUGCAUCAAAAUUGAAUAAAUUGUUCCAAUAAGCGGCCCUCGACGCCGACCUGAGCUGAAUGUGAUUCGCAGUUGGGCAGGUCACGAAAAUUUCAAAGUGGAUCGCGCGUGCUUUUGUGUGAUUCGGAAGGGAUUUGGUACGAUGAAUAAUUUAACGUGAAAUUUGCACCGCUAAAUGAUGUGAUUGUGAUGCUGAUGAUGAAAAUGAUGAAUUCAUGAAAAAUUGUGUACUCCGUAGCAGUGCUUUAACGGUUCAGAUGCAGCAACAGUAACCGGUGCAGUAGUGAUUGCAAUCAACAAGAUAAUCAUCGUCCACGUCCCGGUGAGAGUAAUUUGAUUGGAACCAAUAACGGAUAAUCCCCGGUGGUGUCGAAGAGAAGAGGACGGUUGUGCUUAGCUUUUCCUUGGGACGAUGCUGUAACAUGGCCUCUGGUCGGUCGGUGGUAUUGGCAGUGUAGUAGUUGUAUCCAGCUAACAUAAGGACCACCGUCGGUGCAAGAUUGGCAAGGAGCAGCCGUUGCAUCGGGAUUACAGGCGGAGUCUCAACCGGCAUUAUAAGGACCUAGCGCUGCUCGCACGAGGACCCUCUCCAUAUGGCAGCUACGAUGCACGAUUGAAAUAACAACCUUCGGGAAGGACGAGACGAUCCAAGCCGAGGACGAAGCAACUAAACUUUCUUGUGAAGUCGUAAAUUUGACCGGAUGAUGUAAAAGUCGCUUAAACGUAGCCGUGUUGCAGCUUCGCCAUAAACUAAUUACAUAAUUGAAGGAAAAUCUUCCCCGGCAGCGAGAAACAACCGAAGUAGAGGUGUAAAAGGAUUUCGAGUAAUUUAGGGCUGUCGGUUUGAAUAAAUAUUAACACUGCGGAGACUGUGAAAAGUCGCACCUUCAGUCGGCAGAGCCGAGAAGUCAAAGAACACGAAGCAACUCAUGCAAAUCGGUGCUCCGCGCGCCAGAAAAACUAUCGAAACAGAAUUACACCGGAAUCGGUCGGGAAGCAAUUAAAGGAAUUGAACCGGUUUGUGUCCUCCAGUUUCUCAUCUGCCGAAGCACGUGCUUGAAUUCUGUGCAAUUAAAGAAAAGGGCGAAAAAAAUCGAAGCGCUGAAAAAUUAUGUGAAUCGCUGCUAUUGAGCCGUGACUCCGCGUGGAACCAAGGGUGAAAGUGCCCCGAUACGAAGCGACACGUUCCGUGGAUGCACUUGAGAAAAUUGAAAACAGAGAUUUGACCUUUUUUGGAGGUCUCCCGGGCGAUCGAAGACAAUGGACGGCAUUCCCCGGCGUAAGAACGUCGACUAGCGAAAGUGAUUAAUUUUUGAUCGGCUUGGGGAGACAUGUUCGAGGAAGUGAAAAAUUGAAACCCGGCUUAGGACCGUGCAGGCGUGGAAAAAAGGGGGGCAGUGAGACGCGAGUGAGAACUGAUUUGUGUAAAUAUUUGAGACGACACAAACUUGGCAGCCAGGAUGAAGACGGCACCACUACUGCUGUUGCUGGCGCAGAUUCUAAUCGUUGCCGCGGCAAUCGACAGAACAGAAGCCAUGGAGUACCCGAAAAUUACGGAGCACCCGCUGGACGUGAUAGUGCCCCGGCACGAGCCCACCACCCUCAACUGCAAGGCCGAGGGCAUACCGGCCCCGACCAUCACCUGGUACAAGGACGGCGAACCGAUCAAAGCCGAGCAGGGCUCGCACAAAAUACUGCUGCCGGCGGGCGGGCUGUUCUUUCUGAAGGUCGUGCACUCACGUCGCGAAAGUGAUGCCGGUGUCUACUGGUGCGAGGGGAGCAACGAGCUUGGUGUGGCCAGAAGCCGGAACGCUACGCUGCAGGUUUCAGUGUUGCGUGAAGAGUUUCGAUUGGAGCCACAAAACACCCGAGUGGCACAGGGAGAGACGGCCCUGCUGGAGUGUGGACCACCAAGAGGCUAUCCGGAACCGGUGGUGUUUUGGCGAAAGAACGGCCAGACGCUGGAUUUGAACAACUCGAAACGGAUCCGCAUUGUCGACGGUGGCAACUUGGCAAUCCAGGACGCGCGCCAAUCCGACGACGGCCGGUACCAGUGCGUUGCGAAAAACGUUGUCGGCGUCCGGGAGUCCACGGUUGCAUUCCUGCGUGUUCACGUGAAACCGUUCCUGAUGCGAGGGCCACAGAACCAGACGGCAGUGGUCGGGAGCUCGGUUGUGUUCCAGUGCCGCGUCGGUGGUGAUCCAGUGCCGGACGUCCUGUGGAGACGCUCAGCAUCCAGCGGCAACAUGCCUCUAGAGCGAGUUCAUGUGCUGGAGGACCGCAGUCUCCAGAUCGACAGUAUCACCAUCGAGGACAUGGGCGAGUACAGUUGCGAGGCGGACAAUGCUGUCGGGUCAAUUACCGCCUCCGGAAGUUUGAUCGUUCACUCUCCACCGAGUUUCACCGUUCGACCAAUGAACCAAAUCGCUGAACUGGGCUCGGAAGCCCUCUUCGAAUGUCAAGCAACGGGACACCCUGCACCCACGCUGUUUUGGUCUCUGGAGGGCAACCGUACUCUGCUGUUUCCGGGAACGCGCUACGGUGGAAUUGAAGUGACGGAAAACGCCGACGGUACCAGCAUACUGUCGGUGUCCAAAAUCGAUCGAAUUGACAAUGCGAAAGUGAUUCUGUGUAGUGCCGUGAACACAGUUGGAAGCGUUAGUACGCGGGUGGUGCUCAGUGUGAAUUUGCAGGACGAUCGACCUCCGCCGUUGAUUCUGCAAGGUCCCGUUAACCAGACACUGCCGGUCAAGUCCGUAGCCAUCUUGCCCUGUAAGGCUGCUGGCGUUCCAACGCCGGUAAUUUCGUGGUAUAGGGACGGCAUACCUGUAUUGACUUCAUCCAGGAUCAACAUCACCGAUUCGGGAACGUUGACAAUAUCGGACUUGAGCAAAAAUGAUGACAGUGGACUGUACACUUGCGUGGCCAGCAGUAAAUCCGGCAAAUCGACGUGGAGUGCGUCGCUGAAGCUCGACGCUCCGACAAAUCCCAACAUCAAGUUCUUCCGGGCACCUGAAGCGUCAACAUUUCCAGGACCACCUGGCAAACCACAAGUAACUGAUGUUUCCGAAAGCUCGGUGACUAUCUCGUGGGUUCCAAGUAACGCGUUGGGUGCCUCCAGUAUGGUUGGGUUCACAGUGGAAAUGUUCGGACGAAACGUUACUGAUGGGUGGCAGGAAAUGGCGAGCAAGAUGAAAGACACAAGCUAUACUCAAAAGGGACUAGUUCCGGGUGUCACUUACUACUUCGUGGUUCGUGCGGAAAAUUGGCAUGGGAUUUCUCCACCUAGCCCGCUGUCCGAGCCGAUACUCGUUGGAGUGAAUGAGCAGAACUCUGGUUUGGACAUGAGUGAAAUACGAGCUACUUUGCUCUCCGGAGAUGUUGUAGAGUUGGUAAACGCCACUUCAGUAGAUUCAACGACUACGAAGCUUGUUUGGGAGAUCAUCGACGGCAAAUACGUCGACGGAUUCUACAUCUACGCUCGCAAUUUGGAAGAGGACUCCGAGCGUUCCUACAAAGUGCUAACCGUUUUGAAUGCUGGAAGUGUUUCUUCCUGCACGGUAACGGAUUUACGCAAAUUUACGGAGUACGAAUUUUUCAUCGUUCCUUUCUACAAAACGGUGGAAGGAAAACCAUCCAACUCACGAAUUUCGCGGACCAUUGAAGAUGUUCCUUCGGCACCACCAACGGGUAUGGAAGCUCUUUUGCUAAACUCAUCGGCCGUCUACUUGAAGUGGAAAGCACCUCCUUUAGGAUCCAUUAACGGAAACCUUCAAACCUACCACGUUAUCGUCCGCGGAGUUGACAUCCGUUCCAAUUACACCAAGAUCCUCAGCAACGUAACGAUCGAUGCCACCUCACCGAACCUGCUGCUCGCGAACCUAACCGAAGGGGUGACCUACACUGUGAGCAUCGCUGCCGCAACCGCAGCCGGAAUGGGUCCAUUUAGCAGUCCGGCCACGCUUCGUCUAGAUCCGGUUACGAAGCAGCUGGAUCAGACAUCGCAUCGCUAUCCGAUCAAUCACGACAAUGCCGAUGACAUACUGACGAAACCGUGGUUCAUUGCCGUGCUGGGAACGAUUCUGGCGCUUAUGAUGCUGUCGUUCGGUGCAAUGGUUUUCGUUAAGCGGAAGCAGAUGCUCAUGAAGCAGUCAGCGCUGGUCGCUUUGAGAGGCCAUCACGGAAACGGAGUCCUCAAGUUCCCUUCCCUCCCGCAAAACAAUGACGGCUACUGGACCGACCCAUCCGGCAUCCUGUGGCGUCCACCCCGUCCGAAAGACCACAUCCAAGAUUACGCUCCGGUCUGCACGGCAUCCACCCUUCCAGUGGAUCAAAACACUCACAAUCGGUAUGUGGGAAUCGAUUACAGCGAAUACCCAAGCGAUUACGCCGAGGUGUCGUCGUUCCAACCGAGCGCGCAAAACAACAACACCUUGGGCGAUAACGGCAGCAAAGCCCCGUCGGAGUACAGUGGAACUCGUUCGCCGGCUCCGUACGCGACGACCACUCUCAUAGGCAACUCAAGAUUUAUUACAACCUCUGGCAGCGGGGCCAAUACCUUGGACAAUCUCCAUCACCAGCAGUCCGGCUACGGGAGCAUGUACUACAACACUGAGCCCUACCCAGUUAAUGGGACGGGCAACGUUGGUCCAGGUUCGGUCGGCUACGGUCGCAACGUGUACUCGGAGUCAUAUUUCAAUCCGGGCGAGAAAAUCAAUAUCACCGAGAACAAGCUGGCAUCGCUAAACGCCAAUAACAGCAACAGCAACAACAACAAUAGCAGUCCAGUGGCCGUUGGUAAUGGAGGUUAUCAAUUGGUGCCGAACCACAGCGGAAGCAGUGCCAGCAGUAGUAGCAGCAGCGGCAUCGGCAGUGGAAGAUCCGAAACGACGAAAAUCUUCCACCCGAGUCACUCCGUGCCGCACACUCCCUUCGGGACGAUAAGGAAAAAUCGCCUCAAAUUAGCUCGACCUCCAAUCAAUAAUCUGAGGAUAAGCUUUGGCACCAACAAUAGCAACGGGGGGCUGGAUGCUGGAAAUGAAUAUGGUAAUCAACAGCACCAGCCGUCGUCGCAUCAGCAGCAGCAGCAGAAUCACAAGAAGAAAAUGUCCUCGCUCAAUAAUUUAGGAGCGAAAGAGCAGUUGUACAUAAAGAUAGGCGAAACGAAUCCGAACAGCAGCGGCAGUUGGAAUGGUCAUCUGGCCAAUAUCUACCAGAAUGCGGCGACGGGCCCGGAGCCCUCGGCGGGGAAGUCACAGUCGUUGUCGUCGUCGGCAGGAACCGGGGAAGGUGAGGCCGUUUACCAUCCGACCGGCAACCGCAGCGUCAUUAGCUAUCGGUCCGCCUCGGAGUACGGUGAUGGCGUUUGAGUACGCCGGCCAGGUUCGCCGGGCUUUGGGUUGACUAUUUAUAAUAACUUAUUCUGACGACGCCAGCACGGACGUGAAAGAAGCGACAGCCACGCAGAAUGGACGUUGAGCAACAAGACUGAGUGUGAUAUAUGCUAAAUCGUUGGUGUUUGCUUUGUGUUCCUCCCCUUACGAUAGGACGUUUCGCCCAUAUGACUGCGAGAUGGUUGAGCAUCGAUCUGUGGGCAGUGAGUGGCCGCCCGCAGGCAGGUGUUGUAAAUGUGUAAUGAGUAGAUAGGUAAGGUUCAAUAGCAGGAAAGGCAGCUGAGCACAGUGGAGUGCUUGUGUGUUUGAGUGUUCAACAAAUACAAACGGUAAAAUGUAAACGGCUCACAGUUAAAUCUAAUGAGUUUACUCGCAUUUUGACCACCUCAUUAUAAAUCACCCCACUGUGUAACUGCUGAUGUUGUGUUGUUUUCUUUGACUUUUCCACCUGUAAAUAAUGGAUGCCAUUUGGCUGUUCGACUUUUUCCGGCUCUGAUUUGGAGCGAGUCAUUGAUGUGUGUGCGCGUGUGUGUGGUCGAAUGCAUGCCCAACUUCGACUGGACAAAGUGAUAAGUUUGUCCGCAACGGGCUGGAAAUUCGAAAAUAAACUCGACAUGGGUUGACGGUUGACGAUAAAUCAAGACUGAUCAGUGUGAAGGACUACCGAUUGGGAUGAUUACAUAUGCGGCAUUGUUUGGUUCGGUAGAAAAUGGAAGCUUUACGGAUAUUUUAAGUAGUGGCCUAAGGUUGAGGAUGUAAUUUGAUUGAAGCAACAUUUUUAUGUUUAUGAAUACAAUUGAUUCAGUUCUAAUAAGAUAACUUUGAAACAAAUUGUCAUUGAUGUAGCAAACAACUUUAUGUUUAAGAACAUACAUAAUUUUGAUUUCUUCAAUAACGAUCGUUUACAAUUGGGGUUUGAAGCCAUAUAUCUCUUUUGAAAUCUUGUUUUAAUAGCUACAAAGUCUAUGUUCUCACCCGACCACCCAGCUUCCUAUAAAUAAAUCAUAUCAAACGUAUUUAAUCAGUCCAUUAUAAAAUUGCAUAUGUUCGAAAAGUAUCAGCCCUGCAAGAAUAAUUGUUAUGAUGAACAAACGCAUAAUUGAAACCAUAAAAUUGCUUAUUGAAAAACCAAACUAUUGCCAAAACAAUCAACUACCAACAAUUGAAUGAAUCUCAUGUUCAGCUAUCCUACUUUUGUACGUAUGUAACGCGCUUAAACUAUGAUAAGUGAAAAAAAACUGGUCUGAAUUUCGGUUUCGAGCCAACAGAAGAUUGUAAUUAAAAUAUAGUUAAACAAAAUUAUUGACUAGCAUUUGUUAAAACGUAGCAAAGAAAACGGAAUGAUGGAAGUGAGCGAUUUGUCUAUUUUGUUUUAAUUUUACGCAAAGGUUAACAAUAAAACUACAUAUUUGAAAAGCGGUGAAACAGAACCUACUCUGGAAUGCUACGUUGUAACUGAAUAAAAGUGGAAACCUACUUAAAUGUAGUUAGUUAUAAAUAAAAUAAAAGUCAUCUGGCUGCUUGCACUGUUGAUAGCUUUACGGCAAACCCUGACCUACUGACAGAACCCGUGUAAAUGUAUGAUUACCGUCCGUAAGUUAAAACUAAAGUGGUAAUAAGUCAGUGUAUUGUUGCAGAACGAAAUACCGAAAUCAGUUACUCAACAGCUUGUGCCGCAUUGUAUAUAUUAAUUCGUAAAGCGAGCUGCAAAACCCUGAAUUAGACUCCUCGACGACGAACGCCUAUCUAGGUUGUAGGUUACGUUCCAAAUAAGCUGUAUCAUAGAUGGGUGAAUAAAAACUGUAAACUGGAAAAUCAAAAGUA